AUGGAGUUGUCCACCAUCAACGUGAAAUCGCUAGACAGUCAAUUUGACAUGGACGUGAGUGUAACCAAAGUAGAUAAACCCGAACUGCUACAUGUCGACAAUCCCAACUACGACCAGCUGAUUACCAACUACCCCCACCUUCAUGGCGUCACCAUGAACGAUAACGAUCAAAAGCCCAAACUACCAAUCCACCUGAUUAUCGGAGCAAGCGACUAUAUCUCCAUCAAAACUGACCAACCAGCCUGCGUAGGAAAGACGGGGGAGCCCAUAGCAGAACUGACGAAAUUCGGGUGGACAAUAAUCGCGAAGGGUAACAAGAUUGACUAUGCCGCCUUGCUGAUCACACAAACAAACCAAAGUGACUAUGAACAACUUUGCCGUUUGGAUGUUCUCGGGUUGGAAGAUCGACCAGAACACGACCAAAGGAGCGUCUAUGCAGAAUUCCGAGAACAACUCGUGCGCAGUGAAGAAGGCUGGUAUGAGACUGGACUACCAUGGAAAGGCAACCACCCUACCCUUCCAAACAACAAGACUGGGAGUUUGCAACGCCUUUCCAACCUGACACAAAAACUAAAUCGAACUGAACUCCUUGAAGCUUAUGAUGCGAUAAUCAGUGACCAAAAGACAGAAGGAAUUGUUCAGAACGCAUGUGAACCUCCUAUCGGAAAUGAGUUCUACAUACCCCACAAACCAGUGAUACGGGAAUCAGCGGAGUCAACCAAGUUGAGAGUUGUCUACGAUGCAUCAGCGAGAGCCUACGCAGACGCGCCAAGCCUGAACGACUGUCUCAACGCUGGUCCACCUCUUCAAAACCGUCUGUGGGACGUGCUAGUCCGAAUGCGCUUUCAUCCUGUAGCCUUCCUGCAAGUCAGAAUCAAGGAAGCAGACAGAGACGCAUUACGGUUCCACUGGAAACCACGCGAGCAGAGUGAACUGCAAACAUUAAGAUUUACGCGAGCGUUGUUUGGCCUUACCUGCUCUCCAUUCCUGCUCGGCGGAGUCGUCGAACAACACCUUAACGCCUGGGAGGAGCGAAUGCCAGAAGAGGUGAGCGAGUUACGGAAGAGUAUGUACGUAGACGACUUCAUCAGCGGGAGAACAACAGUCGAAGAAGCCAAGCAACUGAAAAGAAACGCGACAGAGAUAUUCAAUGAUGCGACAUUUACGUUACAUAAGUGGCAUUCAAAUGAGCCGGAGCUGGAAGAUUCGCCUGACAAAUCAGCGGACGAAGUGACUUAUGCCAAGCAACAACUAGGAACAACCAAAGGAGGAGAAUGUAGUCUACUGGGGCUUCCCUGGCACAAGUCUUCUGAUACCAUCAGCGUAGUCAUUCCUUGCGAGCCAACGAAGCCAACGAAGCGAGGAACUUUACAAAAACUUGCAAGAAUAUACGAUCCGUUAGGACUGGUAUCACCUCAUACCCUGCAAGGGAAGCUUAUCUACCGAGAAGUAUGCAAGAAGAAGGUCGGAUGGGACGUGGAGAUCGAUAGCGAAGCCAAGAAAAAUCUGGCACGCUGGGAACGAAGUCUGCCGAACCAAGUCACAACCGAGAGAUCACUGGUAAAAUUCCACGAAAAUAUUGAGUCAAUAGAGCUGCAUGCGUUCGGAGACGCAAGUGGUGAUGGUGUAUCGAGCGCAGUGUACGCAGUUGUCCAUCAGCCAUCCGGCGUUAGCCAAGGACUCGUGGCAGCAAAGUCGAGACUAGCGAAACAAGGCUUAACGAUUCCGCGCCUGGAGCUGGUGUCUGCUCACAUGGCUGCUAACCUUAUCAGCAACGUAAGAAACGCCUUGGAUGGAUUUCCGAUCACGGUUGUCCAGUGCACGUGUUGGCUUGACAGCACAGUUGCGCUACACUGGAUCAACGGCGGGGGAGAAUACAAACAAUUUGUUGCCAACCAAAUCCAGAAAAUUAAGUCGAACAGCGGUAUCCAAUGGCGUCAUGUACCAACCGACCAAAACCCAGCUGACCUGGGAAGUAGAGGGGGUUCUGUAGUGAACAAACAAUUGUGGUGGAACGGUCCAGCAUGGCUCAGCACUCCAGAGAGUUGGCCCGCAGACAUAACCACUACCCCGUCCAAGGAAAGCAACGCCGAAGCGAAGAUGGUUAAACAGGUACUGGCAGUAUCGUUGGAGAGCAUCAACGAGCUAGACGAGAUGCUUAUGAAAUACAACUUGUGGAAAAUGUUGAGAAUCUGUGCAUGGGUAGCAAGAUUUGCUUUCAACUGCCGUCAACCCAGACAAAAGCUAAAAGGACCAUUAACGACAAACGAGAUCGAAAAGCAGAAAUUAUUCUGGAUCAAACGUGCCCAAACCAGCGCAACAUACGAAGAGAAACGAUCGGCAUUGAAUCUGAAGCCAAACGAGCUCGGAAUUUUGGUAUGCCGAGGAAGAAUCCAAGGAAAUUAUCCCAUAUUCCUACCAGACACACAUCCCUUCACAGCAAAGUUGGUGGAUUAA